AGCUCGAGCUCUGAGGUCUGUGAUUGGAGGAGAAAGACCGAGUCCAAAAACUAUCAGCCAGGAAACGUCUCGGGUUUCAGGGGGGAGUGACAUUUCUUCAGGGGGUUGGAAGGAGAGAGAAAAAAAUCAGUGUAAACCUGACAAAGCGUCUGAGAACAGCCAGUAUCCUCAGAGACUGCGUUCAUGUCACUGGAUGUGUAUUUUGGGAUGGAUGUUUUAUUCGCUGAUUGUUGCACUGUCGCAUCUCCUGUAGCUGAAGGCUGCUGCGCGUUUGCACGAGCCGUUUAGUGAAGCAACAACUUGGUUUACAGACGAAAAAAAAAGUUUCUGGGACGCGUCAUUUUUUUUCCUGGAAGGAUUUACACAAACACGCACGGAUACUAUCGGUGGCUCGCUAUUGGCAUGCGAUCCUAUCGUUGGUGCCCCGUUGGAUUUGGGAAUAGGGAAUAGUUUGGUCACAUUCCUGUCUGGAUUCGGCCCAUGAGCUCCCUGUUCAUAUGCGGAUCCUGAACUCCACUAUCAGCUCCUUCUCUCCCAGGUGAUUGGUGGGAAUUCCAGUGAGUGUCCGACCAUACAGCCUGCAGUUCAUGGUUUGGUGGAGCCCCUCAGAUGGGAUCCGUGUCCAGGGGGAGGCCGAGGAGGGGGGGAUGGGGAGACACACCCACUGCUGAAGGGAUGUCCACCCGAGGGUGGCUUCUGGGUGCGCUCCUACUUUUGACCCUGGCAGCGGUGUCUGUGGCAAGGCCAUCAUCAAAGAUUGCUGAAAAGGUGGAGAAAAUAAGUGAACGUGAAGAGCCUCCAACCAAAAACCAAAACUCUAAGCCUACUCUGUGCUCGGUGCACCCGGGUGAACUGCUCAAGCUCAGCUGCCCGCUGCCCGAGGCGGCCGCCAUCAUCUGGACCAAAGACGGCUCCUCGCUGGGCCCUGACAACCGCACACUCAUAGAUCAGGAGUGGUUACAGAUCCGCGACGCCACCCCUAAGGACUCGGGCCUGUACGCGUGCAGUGCCGUGGGCUCACUGGCCGGCGACAUGCUUUGCUUCAUCGUAAACGUUACAGAUGCCAUCUCAUCCGGUGACGAUGAGGACGACACGGAGCGAUCGGACGAUGUCGGGGUGGACGGUGAACAAAUACUGGCACCAUAUUGGACCUCGCCGGAUAAGAUGGAGAAGAAGCUGCAUGCCGUCCCUGCGGCCAACACUGUGAAGUUUCGGUGCGCGGCAGCGGGAAAUCCCAAGCCUGGAAUGCGCUGGCUGAAAAACGGAAAACCCUUCAAACAGGAGGAUCGCAUGGGUGGUUACAAGCUCCGGCUCCAGCACUGGACUCUAAUCAUGGAGAGCGUGGUUCCCUCUGAUAAAGGAAACUACACCUGCGUGGUGGAGAACGCCUACGGAUCCAUCAAUCACACCUAUACACUGGAUGUAGUAGAGCGCUCUCCUCACCGGCCCAUUCUUCAGGCAGGUCUGCCGGCCAACGUCACUGUGCAAGUCGGAGAGGACGCUAAGUUCGUCUGUAAAGUUUACAGUGAUGCUCAACCUCACAUCCAGUGGCUGCAGCACAUUGUGAAGAACGGCAGCCGUUACGGUCCUGACGGGCUCCCUUACGUCAGGGUGUUGAAGACGGCAGGUGUGAACACUACGGACAAAGAGAUCGAGGUGCUCUACCUGCCUAAUGUAACUUUCCAGGAUGCGGGCGAGUAUACGUGCUUGGCGGGUAACUCUAUUGGGAUCUCCUAUCACACUGCUUGGUUGACGGUGCUUCCAGCAGAGCCGGACAUCCCCAGGAAGGAGUACCCUCCGGACUAUGUGGAGAUCGCCAUCUACUGCAUAGGUGUCUUUCUCAUCGCCUGUAUGGUGGUGAUCGUGGUGGUUUGUCGAAUGAGGACGUCGGCUAAGAAGCCUGAUUUCGGCGGUCAGCCGGCAGUGCAUAAGCUGACCAAACAGAUCCCUCUGCGCCGCCAGGUAACAGUGUCGUCUGACUCCAGCUCCUCCAUGAGCUCUAGCACGCCAUUGGUCAGGAUCACCACUCGCCGUAGCUCCGCCCACGACGACCCCAUUCCAGAAUACGACCUCCCUGAGGACCCGCGCUGGGAGUUCUCCCGAGACAAGUUAACUCUGGGUAAACCUCUUGGAGAGGGCUGCUUUGGGCAGGUUGUGAUGGCUGAAGCGCUAGGCAUCGACAAGGACAAACCUAAAGAGGCCGUGACUGUGGCUGUCAAGAUGCUGAAAGAUGAUGCAACGGAAAAAGAUCUUUCUGACCUGGUGUCGGAGAUGGAGAUGAUGAAGAUGAUUGGCCGGCACAAGAACAUCAUCAAUCUGUUGGGAGCGUGCACACAGGAUGGUCCGUUGUAUGUCAUAGUAGAGUAUGCAUCUAAGGGAAACCUUCGGGAGUAUUUGAGGGCCCGGCGGCCCCCAGGAAUGGAGUACUCGUAUGAUAUAGCCCGAGUAUCAGAUGAGCCUCUCACCUUCAAAGAUCUGGUGUCCUGCACUUAUCAAGUAGCUCGUGGCAUGGAGUAUUUAGCCUCACAGAAGUGUAUACACAGGGAUCUGGCUGCCAGGAAUGUGUUGGUCACGGAAAGCAACUUUAUGAAGAUUGCAGACUUCGGCCUGGCCAGAGAUGUCCACAACAUAGAUUAUUAUAAAAAGACCACAAAUGGUCGUCUGCCGGUGAAAUGGAUGGCUCCAGAGGCACUGUUCGACCGAGUCUAUACGCACCAGAGCGAUGUCUGGUCGUUUGGGGUUUUAAUGUGGGAGAUCUUCACGCUCGGCGGAUCUCCGUAUCCAGGAAUACCUGUCGAGGAGCUCUUUAAGCUACUAAAAGAGGGUCAUCGCAUGGACAGACCUGCUAACUGCACCAACGAAUUGUACAUGAUGAUGAAGGACUGCUGGCAUGCAAUCUCCUCUCACAGGCCCACAUUCAAACAGUUGGUCGAGGACUUGGACCGCAUUCUCACUUUGGCAACCAACGAGGAGUAUCUGGACCUGUGCGCCCCGGUGGAGCAAUAUUCUCCCAGCUUCCCCGACACACGCAGCUCCUGCUCCUCCGGAGACGAUUCGGUCUUCUCCCACGACCCCUCAGCAGAGGAGCCCUGCCUUCCCAAGUACCAGCACAUCAACGGAGGCAUAAAAACAUGAGCCUCUUCAGCGUUCUCCAGACCCACCGCAUCCAAGCUACGCCUGCAGUUCUCAACAAGACUGAGAGACUUUUCCCCACAGUUCCCUUGUACCCGUUCAGAACCGUAUGCUGCCUCUAGACUCCUGGCGAAGCUCCCGCUGGACUUUUGGAGUGUGCUAAAGGAGGCUGAGACGCCAGCAGUGCUGCUUUUCUGGAAAGAACCUGAAGCCUGUGAAGCGCAGGUGCUUUUUUUUGUGAAAACACACACUUGUGCGCACAAAAACAUAUGACCAAGCUCUUAAGAAGAGGACGAGGACUGAAGAAAAGUGACUGUUUCCAAGGGCAAACCAUUAGAUUUUUUUUAUUUGUUUAUUUCUCAUUCCUCGUUUAUGUUGGAGUUCUAUUACAUUCUUACCGUCAUUCCGUUGCUUGGCAUUCCGGGAUUCUGUGUCCCCAAGAGAAAUGAAUGGAGCACAUGAACAGAACUCUUAAGAGACAAAAAGGAGACAAUAUGAUACAAGUACAAUAAGGAAACAUACAACUAACAGAAGAAGUAGAAAAAGAAAUCCUAACACUGCCUCCGGUUGAUUUUUGAAACUGCUCUGUUUUUACCAUGAUAACACAGUUAUCAUACAAGGCCUAAGCAGUUAUCCUUAAUGCAUAAAACAAUGAAUACAUGGUUUAUAGUGCUGGUAUAUUUGUAAAUAUAUUCAAAUAUGUAAAAAUAUAUAUUAUAUAUUUACAAUGAAUUAUUUUUGGUAUGGACUUCCGAACAAUUCCUCCCCUUUCCCGCAGAGUAAGAGAUUUAGAUGCCUCUAGAUGUUUCUACUACAUUCCCAGACAUACAUUCGCACAUUUAUAGCAGGACUCGACAUUAAAAACUCCAUGAUAUGGUUUAUGUUUUAUGUGUUUCUUUUCUUUGGCAUGUUUUGGGAGUGUACUAGCAUUUAGAUGACCAACAUGGACUAAAAGCCAAACAACUCUCCGUUUUCAUUCAUUUGUUCCAGACACUUUGAGCCGUGGCGCUGGUUCGAAACCAGGCACACAAAAUCCCCUGGAAAAGUUUAAUGUCGGGUUCUGCGCAACUCUCACUUGCUGACACAGUCACGCAUUGGCUUUCAGGGAAAGAGAUAGCAUGUUAAUUUAUUGACUUAUGUUUUUAAAAAAAAGAAUCAAAAGGUAAAAAAGAUCAAAAUAAUAAAGAGGUAAUAUUAAUGACGACAGUAGAAACAGUUAUGAUUCAUAACGUUUAUUUUGUAAUUUAAAAUAACAUUUCAGUGGUACAAAGAAUUAUUUCUUACGUCUUUUUAUAUAUAAGUAUACAAAUGUGAAUGGUAAGUUAAAAUGCAAAAAUAACAUACAUUUUUAUUGUCAGCUAAUCCCUUUUCUAUAGUAGAGGAUGUUGUUUUACUCACACUGAAGUUUGCAUUUGAAUUAGGUGAAAUACUGGAAAAAAAGGUUUCAGUAUAUUUGGUGCAGUUUUACCCACAACACAAAAGUAUUAAGAAUCAUUAAAGUGUUUCAUUUUCUUCCAGA